AUGCCGCCCGCAGCACCAGCAAUCCAGAUUUUAUGUAACGAAGUACCUGUUGGGUUUGUCGGAUCCGUCACGGAGGGGUCCAGGGCCAUCAAUGUCCGGUUAUACGCGACGAAGAGCAAGGCAUUGAGAGCUCCAUAUCCUAGUAUGGGAGCAGCGGCGCCUGUAAAACAGUCAACCACGCGUUUAUACGGUGCCUCGAAUCAGUCGAUUGAUCGCCUUACCAAACCUUUCAGAUGUCCGGGUUCAGCGACGCCUACGAGAGCAUCUGAUAAGCCUACCCGCAAGAGACGCAAGGUCAACUACGCCGAUGCAGAUGGAAGUGUGGAAGAUGGGAACAACAAGCCAUGGACAAACGAAGAGCGUCUAGCGCUUGCUAACCGUGAUGUAAAUCGAUACGGAGUUUUCAAAGUGAAGGAUAAAGAUACGAUUUUUAAGCAACGGUUUUCUGUUCCCUUGAAAAACAAAGCAGCGGGCGGAUACGAUGCUUCCAGACCGGCACCUAGUCUAGGGAUGAGACGAAGUACUGGCUUUAUCGUGAAGCCUCUACAUGAUCCCAGCGGGGAAUUUGCAAUAGUUCUCUAUGACCCAACAGUUGAUGAUGUGGAGGAGAAUCCUGAAUCGAAGGAGAAGGAGGAUGGGCCAAAAGAGGACGAGAAACCGAAGCUGGACGAGCCGCUCGUACAUAAGAGUCUGGCGGACAUUCUUGGACUUAAAAAGAAGGUCGAAACUCGUCCUAAGGUUCCCGUCGUUAUCGAUCCGCGGUUGGCGAAGGUCCUUCGUCCCCAUCAGGUGGAGGGUGUAAAGUUCCUUUUCCGUGCCACGACUGGAAUGAUCGACAAGAAUGCACAUGGGUGCAUUAUGGCGGACGAGAUGGGACUGGGCAAGACCCUUCAAUGUAUUACCCUGAUGUGGACGCUUCUCAAACAGUCCCCGGAAGCCGGCAAAACGACAAUCCAAAAGUGUGUGAUUACUUGCCCGUCAAGUCUUGUAACAAACUGGGCGAACGAGCUGGUCAAAUGGCUGGGCAAAGACGCGAUCAUCCCAUUCGCCGUUGAUGGCAAGGCCACGAAAGCAGAGCUCGCAUCGCAAAUGAGGCAGUGGGCUAUUGCCUCCGGACGCUCAAUAGUGAGGCCAGUUCUCAUAGUGUCCUACGAGACGCUACGACUGAAUGUCGACGAGCUCAGAGAUGCCCCGAUUGGUUUGUUGUUGUGUGAUGAAGGGCAUCGGCUGAAGAACAAGGACAGUCUGACUUGGACAGCACUGAAUAGUCUCAAUGUCACUCGCCGUGUUAUCCUUUCUGGAACGCCCAUUCAGAACGACCUUUCAGAGUAUUUCUCGCUUCUGCAUUUUGCAAAUCCAAACUUGCUUGGAUCACAAAAUGAAUUCCGCAAGAGGUUCGAAAUACCUAUUCUUAAAGGAAGAGAUGCUGCGGGUUCCGAGGAAGAUCGCAAGAAAGGAGAUGAACGCCUGGGGGAAUUAACAAACAUUGUCAACAAGUUCAUCAUACGCCGCACCAAUGACAUUCUCUCGAAGUACUUGCCGGUCAAGUACGAGCACGUCGUCUUCUGCAAUCUUGGAAAAUUCCAGCUUGAUCUCUAUAAUCAUUUCUUGCAGAGUCCAGAUAUCAAAUCCCUACUGAGAGGAAAAGGGAGUCAGCCCUUGAAGGCUAUUGGCAUUUUGAAGAAACUCUGCAACCAUCCAGACCUUCUUGACCUCUCAAAGGAUCUACCCGGAUGUGAGCAGUUCUUCCCGGAUGACUACGUCCCUCUGGAAGCUAGGGGCCGCGACAGAGAUAUCAAGUCUUGGUAUUCAGGCAAGAUGAUGGUUCUCGAUCGCAUGUUGGCACGUAUCCGCCAAGACACCAAUGACAAAAUCGUCCUGAUCAGUAAUUACACUCAGACGCUCGAUCUUUUCGAGAAGCUCUGCCGCGCUCGAACAUAUGGUUGCCUGCGGCUCGACGGCACCAUGAAUGUGAAGAAGCGGCAGAAGCUGGUCGACAAGUUCAAUGACCCUGAUGGUGAAGAAUUCGUCUUCCUGCUCAGUAGCAAGGCCGGUGGAUGUGGUCUGAAUCUGAUAGGUGCAAACCGUCUUGUGCUUUUCGACCCAGACUGGAACCCCGCUGCUGAUCAGCAGGCGCUGGCUCGAGUCUGGCGUGACGGACAAAAGAAAGACUGUUUUGUCUACCGUUUCAUUGCCACUGGAUCAAUCGAGGAGAAGAUCUUCCAGCGUCAAUCUCACAAGCAGUCGCUAUCCAGCUGCGUCGUCGAUUCCGCCGAAGACGUCGAGCGACACUUCUCUCUGGAUUCACUUAGAGAACUAUUUCAAUUCAAACCAGAUACGCGGAGUGACACCCAUGACACGUUCAAAUGCAAGAGGUGCAGGCCAGAAGGGGGUCAGUAUAUUAAGGCACCAGCCAUGCUCUACGGUGACACCAGUUCUUGGAAUCAUUUCGUAAACGAUGGCGAGAAGGGGGCAUUGGGCAAGAUACAAGACUUGCUUCUGAGACAGGAAACUACAGAGAACGACGUCUCAGCCGUAUUCCAGCUCGAGAGGAUCGUUCGCGAAGCUGCGAUAAAAGAAGACCAUGAGAGAAUCCAGAAGAUCAUCGACCAGCUCUGCCACGACUAUGCCUACGCCGAAGGAGUAGCUCCUUAUCUUCAAGAGAUAGUGCCGCCUGUUCUGGCCUGUUUCACGGACCAGGAUGCGCGCGUCAGGUACUAUGCAUGCGAAAGCAUGUAUAAUAUUGCGAAGGUGGCUAAGGGAGAGAUUCUACUCUUCUUCAAUGAGAUUUUUGAUGCGCUGUGCAAGUUAGCUUCAGAUUCGGAAUUGUCCGUCAAGAAUGGAGCAGAGCUUCUUGAUCGCCUCGUAAAGGAUAUCGUGGCAGAAUCCGCUGCUUCUUACGUUUCUGUCCUAAAUAUUCCCGAGAAGAGUCUGCAGGAUCCAGAUGCAAGCUUGGAAUCAGACGAACUAUCGGCGGACCUGCCCACUGCUUUCUCCCUGGCUAAGUUCAUACCACUCCUGAAGGAACGAAUAUAUGUCAUCAACCCUUUUACCCGCAUGUUUCUUGUCUCAUGGUUGACGCUGCUGGACACGAUACCAGACUUGGAGCUGGUUAGCUACCUGCCCGCCUUCCUUGGCGGACUGAUCAAGUUUCUAGGUGAUCCGAACAAAGACGUCCAUGUUGCUACCCAAAAUCUUCUGGAGAGGUUCCUAUCAGAGAUCAAGCGCAUCGCUCGUAUUAAAAAGGGGAUCGAAGAGAGUCGAAAGGGUCAAGAGAGCCAACACAAUGCAUCAGCUACAAGUGACAGCGCCAGCAUAGCACCUGAUCAAGACCCUGACGCCGAUAAGAGUGACAAUGCCAUUGUAGACUCUGACUCUGAAAUCGACGAUCACAACACAACUACCGAUGGGGAUUGGAUUCCAGGACAAGACGCAAACAUUGAGUACCCUAAGAUCCUGGAGAUCCUGGUAGGAUAUGUCGACACGUCAUUCGAUGAAGAGAUGCAAUUGACUGCGCUUCGCUGGAUAGAUAGCUUCUUUGAAAUCAGUCCCGAAGAUAUUCUGCAGUUCGUCCCGAGGCUUUUGACGCAGGUCCUCCCUGCUAUGUCCAGCGGCUCAGACCAGGUGCGGCAGGCGGCGAACAGGGUCAACACAUCCCUCAUGGAGUAUAUUCUCUCUCUCCCUGAUGAGGCCUCCCCUGAAGGCACUGGCCGGCAAGGCCCGACCUCCAAGGCACCUCCUCCAGUUGCUAAAGACGGUGGUGAGAAGAGAUCGGGCACACCAAGCGGGCGACCAUCUUCUGAGACAAUCAGCAUCGAAACAAAGGCUCAAGAAUCGGGACCGGAGACGAAAACUGAAGCGACGCCGCAAAUCAGUCCUGCAGAAACUCCCCUUCCCCCGUCGGAUCUCGAUUACGCUGCGGCUGUGAAUUCGCUGACCCUGCAAUUCCUGAACGAGAACGAAGCCACUAGAGUCGCUGCUUUGUCAUGGCUCAUCAUGCUACAUCGGAAAGCGCCGCGAAAAGUUGUAGCCUUCAACGAUGGGACGUUUCCGGCUCUGCUCAAGACGCUGUCUGAUCCUGCAGAAGCAGUGGUCACAAAGGAUCUACAGCUCCUCUCUCAGAUAUCGAGAAACAGCGAAGACGGAUACUUUACAUCAUUCAUGGUGAAUCUUCUUCAACUCUUUUCGACAGAUAGGAGGCUGCUAGAGAAUCGUGGAAAUCUGAUAAUUCGCCAACUUUGCAUGAACUUAAGUCCGGAGCGAAUAUACCGGACUUUGGCUGACUGUCUUGAAAAGGAAGAGGAUAUCGAAUUUGCCAGUAUCAUGGUUCAGAAUCUGAACAACAACCUCAUCACGGCACCUGAACUUACAGAGCUUAGGAAAAGAUUGAGGAACCUGGAGUCCAGAGAGGGCCAGAUGUUUUUCGUUGCCUUAUUCCGAUCCUGGUGUCACAAUGCGGUGUCGACAUUCUCUCUGUGUCUUCUUGCACAAGCCUACGAACAGGCAUAUAAUCUCCUUCAAGUCUUCGCGGAGCUCGAAAUGACUGUCAACAUACUAAUCCAAAUCGAUAAACUGGUCCAACUGCUGGAGUCGCCAGUCUUCACCUACCUUCGCCUUCAGCUCCUGGAGCCUGAAAAGUACCCAUAUUUAUACAAGUGUCUGUAUGGAGUUCUCAUGCUGCUGCCGCAAAGUUCGGCUUUCGCAGCUCUGAAGAACCGCCUGAACAGUGUGAGCAACAUUGGGCUGCUCCAUGCUGGACCCCGAGCGUACGUCAACCCUGCGAUUAAGGCCCCAUCCAGUUCUUCCCCGUCCCCCUUCAAUAAUCCUUUGAGAAACCAUUACCGUCGGCGAAGCACGGAAGCUUACGUUGUACCUGCGGGACCCAACAGUCCUGUGAAUAACGCCUAUGACCGUCCCACCGGGAGUAGGUUGAAAGGCCGCGAAGAGAAUGCUAUUCGCUGGGUUGAACUACUAGACAAAUUCAAAAAUGUCCAGGAGAAAGCCAGGCGUUCCCGGAUGUCACGACGACACAUUGAUCAUGGCGGCACCCAACUGGACUUUCAAAACCCGUCACUGGCAGCUGCACUGUCUGCGGCUGCCGCUUCAGAGCAUGGCCGUGGGAACUACAAGGAAAAGACUCUUCCGGACGCCCCUCGUGGAGUAGGCAGCGGGCUGGGUAUAACCGGUGACGGUCGUCGCGUAAGCUCUCCGGACAGCGCGACAGGCCAUAAAGGAACGUCGACACCUGCGGCUGGCCAUAAGAGCAGGUCCAGCCUUUCCAACCUGGGACGACUUGGGAUUGGAGCCAGGAAGUCUAAACGCUGA